AUGGUCGUAGGCUCCGUUCUCGUCACCGGUGGCACGGGCUACAUUGGCUCUUUCACCGCCCUCGCACUCCUCGAAGCCGACUACAAGGUCGUCAUCGUCGACAACCUGUACAAUUCCUCCGACGAAGUCCUCAACCGCAUCGAGCUCAUCUGCGGCAAGCGACCCGAUUACGUCCAGUGCGACAUCACCGACGAAAAGGCGCUGGAUGCUGUCUUCGCUGCACACCCGGACAUUGACAACGUCAUCCACUUCGCCGCAUUGAAAGCAGUGGGUGAGUCGGGCGAGAUUCCACUCGAUUACUACAAUGUCAACGUCUACGGCACGCUCUGUCUGCUGCGCUCCAUGCAGAAGCACAAUGUCACCAACAUUGUCUUCUCUUCCUCGGCCACAGUGUAUGGCGAUGCCACCCGUUUCCCAAAUAUGAUCCCCAUCCCAGAGGAUUGCCCACUGGGACCCACCAACCCAUAUGGAAACACCAAGUUUACUGUUGAGACGAUGAUCACGGACUACAUCAAUGCUGAGAGGACAAAGGCGAAAAAGGCCGGCAAGAGCGGCGAGGAGUUCAAUGCUGCUCUGCUGCGAUACUUCAACCCCGCCGGCAGCCACCCAAGCGGUGUGAUGGGCGAAGACCCUCAAGGCGUGCCAUACAACCUUCUCCCACUCCUAGCGCAGGUCGCCGUCGGAAAGCGGGAGAAGUUGUUGGUCUUUGGAGACGAUUACGACAGCAAAGACGGCACUGCCAUCCGCGACUAUAUCCACAUCCUCGAUCUCGCAGAAGGCCACCUGAUUGCCCUCAACCACCUCCGAGCUCAGCACCCUGGUGUCCGCGCUUGGAACCUGGGCACAGGAAAGGGCAGCACAGUCUUYGAGAUGGUCAAGGCUUUCGGAACCGCAGUUGGACGCGAUCUGCCUUAUGAGGUURUUGGCAGACGGGCGGGCGAUGUGCUCAACCUGACUGCCAAUGCCACUCGUGCGAACAGCGAGCUGGGCUGGAAGACGAAGCGCACACUGGAGGAUGCGUGCGAGGAUCUGUGGAGGUGGACGGAGAACAACCCACAAGGAUACCGCCAGCAGCCGCCCAAGGCUUUCUUGGACGCGUUGAAGAAGUAG